UAGAAUAGUCGUUUGGAAGAAACGUCGAAGAAUCUUGUACUCUUUCAUUUGCUUUGGUCUAAGUUGUAUACGAUGGCCAAUCCUCGAAAUAAAAUUUUAAAUCUUUACCGAAAUUUAAUACGAGAAAGUAAAAAAUGGAAUGCAUAUAACUUUAGGAUGUAUGCACUUCGUAAAGUAAGAUAUGAAUUCCAACAAAACAAAACAUUACAAGAUGAAAGAGAAAUCGAGCAAUGUUUUCAAAAAGGUCAAGAGGCAUUAGAAAUAAUUAAACGACAAGUAAUAAUAGGACACUUAUAUGGUACAAGACCAUUAAUAAUUGAAGCAAAGACUGCAUCUAAAAAUAAACUUAAUAGUAAAUUUGUAUAAUAUAAUACGUUUAAAAGUACAUUAAGUUUGUAUACGCUGUAAAAACUUUUUGUGUUGUAUAUGUUAUAUAAAUAUUUUAUGUUGCAAAUGAUUGUAAUACCAUCAUAUUUAAAAAAAUAUAUAUAUAUAUAUAUAUAUAUCUAAUAUAUAAUAUUUAAACUAAUAUAUAUAUUAUAUACAAGCCAUUAUAUAUGUAAUUGCACAAGCAUAUACACAAGCUAUAGUAGAUACAUAUUAUUAUAUAUCAUUUAUACAUCAAGUACAUUAAUUUCUCAAUGUAUAAUAUCUAAACAAAAUGUUUAAUCAAUAAAUAUUAUUUAAUAGAUAA